GGGAGCUCGCGGGCUCCUAGGCGCCACCACGCUGCGGACAAGCAGACGAGCACGAGUGCCUUUUCUCCUCUUGCUUUGGACCCGCUGCCUCAACUCGGAUCGAAAUGGACCCCAACUGCUCCUGCUCCACUGGUGGCUCCUGCACCUGCGCUGGCUCCUGCAAGUGCAAAGACUGCAAAUGCACCUCCUGCAAAAAGAGCUGCUGCACCUGCUGCCCCGCGGGCUGUGCCAAGUGCGCCCAGGGUUGCGUCUGCAAAGGAGCGUCGGACAAGUGCAGCUGCUGUGCGUGAUGUUGGGGGGAGCCUGCUCCCCGCUGUAAAUAGAGCAACGUGUACAAACCUGGAUUUUUCAAUGUUUUUUUUUUUUUUCAUAAACCCUGAACUGAUUGCUAUGUUCCUUUUUGUAUGAAAUACCCAAAUGACAAUAAACUUAUCUAUACA